AUGUGUGUUAUAGUGUGGUGGGUGUUCGUGGGUGUGGUGACUUAUAGUCAUGCAGAUGGGAGAAAAAGGUGUUUUGGAGUGUUGACUCCUGAUGAAGAAAUAUUUGACGAGCUGCUGCAUGACAAGGAGCAGUGUCUGUACAAGUUACAAGACAUCAUCCCUGGUAGCAGUUAUGAGCUUAAAAUAUCAUACCGUGCCACGAUACCAACAGACUUUCUCAUCGACGUGAGACAUUCUAAUGUUUCCUCGGGCAGACGGCUGCUAAAUAUAGAAAAGACACAAUUUAGUGUCGCAAGUGGAAAGUAUUAUGAAGCAAUGGUUGUUGCACACAGGACUGGAGUAUCUGUGUAUCCAGAAGCUCUCAAGGACCCAGCUGUGUUUAAUAUUGUUCUUUCGACUCUUUACUACGGUCUUCCUUGGGAAGUAUGGAAACUUGUUGGUCUCAUUCUGCUAUCAAUAGUAGCUUCUGUAUUCUGGUUGAAUCCGUGGCUACUGAACUUUAUUGAACGAUCUACAGCUCACUUGAAGAAAGAUGAACAAUCUCAUGUCGAAUAGCAUCACACAAGAGCUCUCAAUCUCUCAGCAGCCUUUGUCUCUCUCAAUACAUCUCAAUCAGAGCUCAUCUCAGUAUGAACAGUAUUCAUCCAGUUUGUUCUGAAUGAACAUUGAGGUGUGAUGUUUACAGUACUGUACUACUGGUAUAUAAACUAGUUUGAAUGCCCAUAUGAUGGAAUUGUACUUUUAUAGAAAGUUAUUCUUGUGUUUCCUGUAUAGUGGAAACAUGCACUGCAAUC